UGGCCGGGAGAGCGUGCCUGGGGAAGCUGGCCCAGCGGGACGAAGCCAGGGCUGUCGGCGGAGCACGGGGGAGCCCGAGGGUCUGGCCAGAGAGCACCCCCUCCCAUCAGGCUCAGCCGCCGGCCUGCUACGCAUGCGUAACCGCUGCAUUCGGCUCUCCUCUCUGGCCCGUCCGCCGCCCCUGCGCAUGCGCGGUCCGCCCCUGCGGCAGAGCGGCGCCCCGGGCGCGACUGCCCCCUGCCGGCGGCGGGUGGGGUUGGCGUCCCGGCCGGGUCCGUGGGGCGGGGAACGAAGCGCGCACUUCCGCAGGUUGUCAUGCGUUCCCUGAGCCUCUGAGCCUCAGUUUCCACCUCUCUAAAAUGGGAAUGCUAAUGCCUAUCUCUCAGCAGCGAGUGGACUUAGAGAGUAUUCCGUAAAUUCUGCACACCCCUCUCUUCUGCAGAUGCUCUGAGCUUUGACCCCUGCCUUUCAGAAGUGCGUCUUGUGCGGGCGAUUCUUCUUCCACACCAUGAACACGUCCCCCGGCACAGUGGGCAGUGACCCGGUGAUCUUGGCCACUGCGGGCUAUGACCACACGGUGCGGUUCUGGCAGGCCCACAGUGGGAUCUGCACGCGCACGGUUCAGCAUCAGGACUCUCAGGUGAAUGCCCUGGAGAUCACGCCAGACCGCAGCAUGAUCGCCGCUGCAGCUCAGCCUGUGUCCCCAGGCUACCAGCACAUCCGCAUGUAUGAUCUCAGCUCCAACAACCCCAACCCCAUCAUCAGCUACGAUGGGGUCAACAAGAACAUCGCAUCCGUGGGCUUCCAUGAGGAUGGCCGCUGGAUGUACACGGGUGGGGAGGACUGCACAGCGCGGAUCUGGGACCUCAGGUCCCGGAACCUGCAGUGCCAGCGGAUCUUCCAGGUGAACGCACCCAUUAAUUGCGUGUGCCUGCACCCCAACCAGGCGGAGCUCAUUGUGGGGGACCAGAGCGGUGCCAUCCACAUCUGGGACUUGAAAACUGACCACAACGAGCAGCUGAUACCCGAGCCUGAGGUCUCCAUCACGUCUGCCCACAUUGACCCUGACGCCAGCUACAUGGCGGCUGUCAACAGCACCGGGAAUUGCUACGUCUGGAACCUGACUGGGGGCAUUGGUGACGAGGUGACACAGCUCAUCCCGAAGACCAAGAUCCCAGCGCACGCCCGCUACGCCCUGCAGUGCCGCUUCAGCCCUGACUCCACGCUCCUGGCCACGUGCUCGGCUGACCAGACGUGCAAGAUCUGGAGGACGUCCAAUUUCUCGCUGAUGACGGAACUCAGCAUCAAGAGCGGCAACCCGGGGGAGUCCUCGCGCGGCUGGAUGUGGGGCUGCGCCUUCUCGGGGGACUCGCAGUACAUCGUCACCGCUUCGUCUGACAACCUGGCCCGGCUCUGGUGUGUGGAGACAGGAGAGAUUAAGAGAGAGUAUGGCGGCCACCAGAAAGCUGUCGUCUGCUUGGCCUUCAAUGACAGCGUGCUGGGCUAGCCCGUGGCUCCCCGGAU